AUGAGACUCGACGAGACUGUCGUGAACCGCAUCGCGGCCGGAGAGAUCAUCCAGCGGCCCGCCAAUGCCAUCAAAGAGAUGAUGGAGAACUGUUUGGAUGCAAAGGCCACAAAUAUCCAGAUAACAUUGAAAGAAGGCGGACUGAAGCUCAUCCUCAUUCAGGACAACGGCACUGGAAUUAGGAAAGAUGAUAUGGGAAUAGUUUGUGAGCGUUUUACGACCAGCAAGCUUCAGUCUUUUGAGGACUUGUCAUCAAUCGCAACAUACGGAUUCAGAGGAGAGGCUCUCGCCAGUAUAAGUCAUGUAGCUCAUGUCACAAUCACCACAAAAACAGCUGAUGCAAAAUGUGCCUACAGGGCCAGUUACUGUGACGGGAAGCUGAAAGCUCCACCCAAACCCUGUGCUGGAAACCAGGGAACGUUGAUUUCUGUAGAGGAUCUGUUCUAUAAUGUGUCUACUCGACGGAAAGCCCUGAAGAGCCCCAGUGAGGAAUAUUCUAGAAUCAUUGAGGUUGUGAGCAGAUACGCCAUUCACAACUCCGGGAAAAGCUUUUCCGUCAAGAAGCAAGGGGAGAUGGUUGCAGAUGUGAAGACUCUUCAGAACGCCUCGGUGCUGGACAACAUUCGUGUGGUGUUUGGGGUAGCUGUUAGCAGGGAGCUGAUUGAAGUCGAGUGUGAGGAGCAGAAACUCGCUUUUAAAAUGAAGGGCUACAUCUCCAAUGCAAACUACUCUGUCAAGAAAUGCAUCCUUAUUCUUUUUAUCAACCAUCGGUUGGUGGAGUCUAGCGCCUUGAAGAAAGCUAUUGAAACGGUCUACACUGCUUAUCUUCCCAAAAACACUCAUCCUUAUCUUUAUCUUAGUUUAGAGAUUGCUCCUCAAAACAUUGAUGUGAACGUCCACCUCACCAAGCACGAGGUGCACUUCCUGCACGAGGACAGCAUCAUCGAGAGCAUUCAGAAACACAUCGAGAGUAAGCUGCUCGUCAACUCCUCACACACGUACUUCACACAGACUCUGCUUCCAGGACUUUCGGUGUCCAACAGCGAGACAAAAGCCUGUAGUGCCUCAGCAGAUUCCCAGGAACGCAUAUACGCCCAUCAGAUGGUCCGCACUGACAGCAAACCCCAGUCAUUAACCUCUCUACUUCCAUUGCUUUCUUUCCAAGCUGAAGAUCAAGCUGUUGUUUUCUUCUAUCUGUCUUUCAGGAAAAAGCCUCAUGUUGAGGAGGUGAAGGAGGAUGUGACGGCCGCCUGUCUACCCAGGAGACGCAUCAUUAAACUGACCAGCAUAAAGGAGAUCCGGCAAGAUAUUGAACAGCAGACUCACAAAGGUUUACAGGAUCUGCUCCAGAAUCACUCAUUUGUAGGUUCAGUCGAUUCUCAGUGGACUCGUGGUAAUUUCGGGGUCCUACGAUUAUCGAAUCCAGCUCCGCUCCAUGAUUUGGCCAUGUUGGCUCUGGAUUCAGAGGAGAGUGGAUGGACAGAGGAGGACGGUCCAAAAGAAGGACUGGCUCAGUAUAUUGUGGAUUUCCUGAAGCAGAAAGCAGAAAUGCUGGAAGAGUACUUUUCUCUGGAAAUAGAUGGAGAGGGGAACCUGACUGGUCUGCCGAUGCUGCUAGAUAAUUACUCUCCUGCCAUGGAGGGACUUCCCAUGUUCAUUCUGCGUUGAGCUACUGAGGUGAACUGGGAUCGAGAGAAGGAGUGUUUUCAUGACUUCAGCAUAGAAUGCAGUCACUUCUAUUCCAUAAGGAAACAAUACACACUAGAGCCGGAUGAAGAAGAAACACAGGAUGCAGAGAUGAGCUGGCAGUGGAAGGUGGAGCAUGUGCUUUUCAAAGCGCUCCGCUCUCUUUUCAGUCCUCCAAAACACUUCAGUGAAGACGGCAGCGUUCUGCAGAUCGCCAGCCUGCCUGAACUCUACAAAGUCUUUGAAAGAUGCUGAAUUUGAGUACUCUGUUGUUCAGUGUAAUGCUUUCAGCGCUGUACUAUCAAAAAUGGCAGGGGUUUUUUUUUUUUUGUUGGUCAGCUGACAAACUCAGUAUGACUGACAACCCGUUACAUUAUUUAAGAUUACUAGUUAACAUUAAACCAAGAAUAUAUAGAUAUCUGUAUGGCAAAUUAAUAAAAAAGACUAUUUUGAAAUAUUAAACACAACAGUUUUCAUUACCGUCAACUGGUGGAACUGUCUUACACAUUUAUGAAUUUGGCAGAUGCUUUUAUCCAAAGCUAACUGGAUCAAACAGAAAAUAAUUUCAAAAUAAUGUUUAAAGUGAAGUAUGUCAUUUUGUACCACUAACAGCACCAACCUGAAUGGCAAAAAUGAAAGGAAUAUUUUGCUCAAUAGUUCUGCAUAGUUCAAACAUCUUGGAUGGCCUGAGGACGAGUACAUUUUCAGCAAAUUGUACUUUUUAGGUGAACUAUUCCUUGAACAUAAACAGGCAAAGUGAUAAUGUCAUGUGUAAAUACAACAUACUACUGUUUGACAUUGCAUAAUGUUCUUUUAUUUCCAUUAAUUUUAUUUUGCACUAAAGGCUGCUUUUACAUGCAUACGGCCAUUGGUUGAGCCAGUGCUGUUAUGUUGGGCUAUUGCAGAUUGCAAUUCUAUGGUGCAGAAAUUAUACUUCACCUUAAAGUCCAAAAAUAAUUACUGAGAGGUUGGUU